GGCUGUGGUGAGACCCGGACCUGCUGCUGAACCUGUACCUGUGCCGUUUGGAUCACAGACAAGCCAGGAGUUAUCGCUAAGCAAAUGGAAACGUUCUCCUUUCUUCGAUGAGACGUGUGGGACUGAUUUGGAAAUUGACUAACGCCACAAAUGCUAGACAAGAGAUCACACGGAUGCCACCUAAUAAGAACAAGUCUUUAGGACCCUGUCCUGACACCCCUCCAGGUCUUAAGGGUCCUCUCAAUGUGGAUUUUGAUUAUAAACGGACUUUAGAUGAGGUGAGAAAGAAUAUCAGUUCUCCUCUCAAGGAAGGAGGAAGGUACAAGCCACUGGACUGUAUCGCCCGACAGAAGGUGGCGAUCAUCAUCCCAUUCCGAAAUCGGCAUGAGCACCUGAAACACUGGCUGUACUACCUCCAUCCCAUAUUGGAGCGACAGCAGUUGGACUACGGUGUCUACAUCAUCAACCAGGAUGGAGAGGGAGUGUUCAACAAGGGUAUAUUGAUGAAUGCAGGAUUUGUUGAAGCACUGAAGGAAUAUGAUUAUGACUGCUUUGUCUUCUCUGACAUAGAUCUAGUUCCUAUGGAUGACCGUAAUCUCUAUAGAUGUUUUCAAAAUCCCCGACACUUGUCUGUGGCUAUCGACAAAUUUAACUUCCAGUUACCCUACGAUACUAACUUUGGUGGGGCUUCUUCAUUGUCCAAGAUCCAAUUCGUAAAGAUUAACGGCUUCUCGAAUACUUUCUGGGGCUGGGGUGGUGAGGACGACGAUCUCUAUCAGCGAGUUAUCUUCCAUGGAAUGUCUAUUUCUCGACCUGACUUGGUGAUAGGAAAGACAAGAUGAUCAAACAGUGAGAGAUUUACACAAUGAGCAGAACCAGUGAAUGCUGGUAAACUGAGACACACAAAUCCGACCAUGAAUGAAGAUGGGAUUAAUUCCCUAAAGUACACAGUCAAGGAGAUUGUUAAAGAUAUACUGUACACCUGGAUCACUGUGGAUAUUCAAGCCCCGCUCACAGUCUGAGGAUAUGGAUUCAUGACUAAAUGUUGAUUCUUCAGUCAACCCUGUGUUCUUUUUAUAUGUUGACAGGCUAUACAUAACACAUGUGACAUAGAUAACACAGAAGCCAGACAGACACAGAAGUGUGUUUGGUUGGC